GCCGUGCCGCGCCGCGGGUCCGCUGCCCGGCGCUCCCCGGCUCCGGGCCGCCCGGGAGCUGCUCGCGGGGAAGGGGGUCUGGGUGUUUUGAAGGAGAAUCGCCGAGAAGAGUGCUGUGAAAGUCACUUUGGAUUUCCUGGUUUGGAUCGGGACCUUUUCUUAGCGUGCAUUAAACCCGAGAGAGCGACGGGACCCGCGACCCGGCGAGAUCAAGCCUCCGGGGCGAUGGCUGAGUUUGGGAUGCGUGCUUGUCCGACCGAGGCUUGUGCCACGGAGAAGGAGGGAGCGAAACAUGUUGUUCGGUUGCCCGAGGAAUGUUUUUUUUAAUUGGCGCACUGAGAUUGCCGGAGUUACUUGAAUGUACAGACCCUGGUGUCAGACCUCGGAGGAUUUAAACCUUUCUUUUUAUUAUCAUUUUGGAGUGAAAUCGGCUAGACCUCUUCCCACAGCUCGGAAGCAGGUCCCGAGCCGCUGAAGUGCAUCGUGGCUCUGUCUGCCGGCAGCCGCUGGGCUAUCUGGAGGUAGUAGUAUUAUUUUUAUUUUUUUUUCCUACGGGGAUUGAGUUACACCGUCCCCCUGGGAACGGCCAUGGCGUUGAAAGCCAGAGCGCUUUACGACUUCCAGAGCGAAAACAAAGAGGAGAUCAGCAUCCAGGAGAACGAAGAGCUCGUGAUCUUCAGCGAGAACUCCCUGGACGGGUGGUUACAGGGUAAAAACAGCCGCGGAGAGACAGGCCUCUUCCCGGCCUCCUAUGUCGAAAUCCUCCGGUCCCGGACAGGCUCCAGUUAUACGGACUACUCUCGCAGCCCCGCCGGCUCCCCUGGGCACGGCUCCUCCUUCUGCGUGGCCCCGACCAACCCCAGCAUCUCCUACCAGGGCAGUUUUGAGGAUGACGACGACGACGACUGGGAUGACUGGGACGAUGCCUGCACGGUGGUGGAGGAGCCCCGGAGCGCGCCGGGCACCAACGGGCACCCUUCGCCCACCCUGCAGUACCCCGCGGCUUACUCCCACCAGCACGCCGGCUACCGGCCCAAGCCGGCGCUGGAGAGGCAGGACAGCCUGAGCUCUUCCAAGAGGGGCAGCGUGGUGGGGAGGAACCUGAACCGCUUCUCCUGCUUCGUCCGCUCCGGGGUGGAAGCCUUCAUCCUGGGUGAUGUGCCUCUGAUGUCCAAGAUCGCGGAGGUGUACUACAUCGAGAUGGGCUCCAAAGGUCCCCAGUGGAGGGCAAACCCCCACCCAUUCAUCUGCUCUGUGGAGGACCCAACCAAGCAAACCAAAUUCAAGGGCAUCAAGAGCUACAUCUCCUACAAGCUGACCCCCAGCAACAUCAACUCCCCCGUCUACCGGCGGUACAAGCACUUUGACUGGCUGUACAACCGCCUCCUGCACAAGUUCACGGUGAUCUCAGUGCCCCACCUGCCCGAGAAGCAGGCCACCGGCCGCUUCGAGGAGGACUUCAUUGAGAAGCGCAAACGGCGGCUGAUCUUAUGGAUGGACCACAUGACCAGCCACCCCGUCCUCUCCCAGUAUGAGGGCUUCCAGCACUUCCUCUGCUGCCGCGACGAGAAGCAGUGGAAGCUGGGCAAACGCCGGGCGGAGAAGGACGAGAUGGUGGGGGCCAGCUUCCUGCUCACCCUGCAGAUCCCCACGGAGCACCAGGACCUGCAGGACGUGGAGGACCGUGUGGACGCCUUCAAGGCCUUCAGCAAGAAGAUGGACGACAGUGUCCUGCAGCUGACCAACGUGGCCUCAGAGCUGGUGCGCAAGCACGUGGGGGGUUUCCGUAAGGAGUUCCAGAAGCUCGGCAAUGCUUUCCAAGCCAUCAGCCACUCCUUCCACAUGGACCCCCCGUACAGCUCGGACGCCCUCAACAACGCCAUCUCCCACACGGGCAAGACGUACGAGACCGUGGGGGAGAUGUUUGCCGAGCAGCCCAAGAACGACCUGUUCCUCAUGCUGGACACACUCUCCUUGUACCAGGGGCUCCUCUCCAACUUCCCAGACAUCAUCCACCUCCAGAAAGGCGCCUUCGCCAAGGUGAAGGAGAGCCAGCGGAUGAGCGACGAGGGGCGCAUGGACCAGGACGAGGCGGACGGCAUCCGGAAGCGCUGCCGCGUGGUCGGCUUCGCCCUGCAGGCCGAGAUGAACCACUUCCACGAGCGGCGCGUCGCCGACUUCAAAAGGAUGAUGCAGUCCUACCUGAAGCAGCAGAUCAUCUUCUACCAGCGAGUGAGCCAGCAGCUGGAGAAGACUUUACGCAUGUACGACAACCUCUAACGCCCCCGCGGGCCCGACGCAUCUGCUUGCUGUCCCUCCGAAAUCACGCAGUUUUCUAUCCGGAGCCUUGCAGACCACCUCUGUGAUGGACUGAGAACGAACAGCAACUCACGACGCUAGUGACCAAAUACCUUUGGGCUUUCUUCCGUCUUCCCGGGCCCGGCAGGCGGCGGCGCCGCGGGGAGGGGAUCGCGCUCGGGUCCUCCGGCUGGCCGUGCCCCGUCUGUGCCGGGGGGAUGGCCGUCCCCCGCUGCGCAGCCUGCAGCGGCUCCGGCCGGGACGUGGGUGUUUUCUGCAGGAGAAACGGAGACGUUGGCUUAAGGGUGCUGGUAUCUCUGUCUAGUGAUCUGUAGCUUUCUGGAAACGCGUCCUCCCGGAGCAGAGAGGUGGGUUCGUCCCAGCCCUAUGGGAACAGGAAUCGAAGCGGUCGACAUUUUGCACACUACGAGCUUUUCUGAUGGAAAAAAGAAAAGAAGAAAGAUCUUUAUUUGGAAGAGAUUUCCUUUUUUUGUUCCUGCAAGAUAUUUUCGAUAUUCUCCAUUUCUCACGAAUGUUUCUGCAGCAUUUUUACCGAUCAGUUUUUAAUAGACACACAGAGGCAAACGGAAAUCUCUUUCUCAAGCACGCCUGUUGACUGGAAAAAGGGGGAAAAAAGCCAAAAAAAAGAAAGAGUCCCACAGCAUUUUCAAUAAAAAUGUCAGUAGAAAAAACCAAAAACAAAGCAAAA